AUGUGCGUAACCGGGUCUCGAAGAGUUGUGAAGCCGCGGCGGCUGAAGCCUCCUUCCUUGGUGAAGACCUUGCAGAUGUCGUCGAAAAUGGUUCAUCUGCCGAUGCACGGGAUGCACGGGAUGUUUCCGUUCCGGCAUACCCCGGCAGUGGUGGAGGAGGAGGAAGAGGAGGAGCCGGAGGUGCAGAACGAGCAUGCGAAACCUCGGCAGGUGCUCCGCAGACCGGACAAGAAGGUCGAGGUUCAGAAGAUCGCGGCGAACAUCAAGAGGAAGGAGGCCAAGGAAUUGCAGUUGGGCGAGCCGUUUCUGAACCGCCUUUCGGCUUUGCAGAGGCCAACGUCAGUCAAAGGAAACAUCAACAUCAAUCCGGCGUUGGGCAUGAAAGUGAUGGUGCCACACCAGUGUGCCAAAGUUCGCUCGGUGGGGUAUGUGGAUGAGCUUGACUACGGGAGGGAGCUGGGCGACAGGGUGCAGGAGUUGGUGGAUGAAGGACGAGGCUCCACCAAGAGCACCCUGGUGGAUCACAGCUUUGGGCUCAACACUGUACUACGACAUCCGGACGAUCUAGUCUUGCUGCCUCCGCAGCAGUCCAUCGUGAAGCGCCGUCCCUUCCACGAGGUGAAGAUGGGUCCUACCUGGAAUGCGGAAACGGAUCUUCGUCCGUUCGAAAUGGAGACCGUCGAAGCCGCCAGAGCCAGCUGGAGACAGGGCACCAAGUUUGCGCUGGCGCGUGGGCUGCCAACAUUGUGCUCCACGCCAUACAAGAUUGUGCGCGGCAAGCUCAAUCUUCGACUGUCGGAGGCUUACCUCUGUCCGAACGCCAGUCCCUCCACUCCAAGGGGGCGCAUGGACACCUUUUGCUGGAACUGUGCUUCUGCACAGGCGUCUAGCCGACUGCCACCAAACAAGGUGUACCUCAUGCAGGACGGCGUGGCACUCGUUGGGUGGUUCGUGGCGUGGCGGUACCCCUGCCAUUCGGUCAGCGUGCCGCCACCAGUUGGCGUGGGCAUCGCCGACAACGCUGUCACAUACAGCGACGAGGGCCAUGGUAACACACUGAUGGCAGGAGGUGAUCUUGAUGGAGAUCUUGUGCAAAUUAGUUUCAACGAGAAGCUUAUUGCCCUCAUGCGAGCUGCACAAGCAGCUGUCGAACGGCUCGCCCCGCUUCGCUGGCGGCUUGAAGCAGAUGUCAUCGACUCGAUGACGGAGCCCGCCACAGGUGCCGAGUUCUUGGCGCAUGCCCGCAGGGCGAGUUCCUACAAUGUCAGGGGGCACAUGUGUGCUUUACUGGAGCGCAUUAUCCACAAUGCGCUGGAAGAGGUUAGGAAUGUCCCCAACAAGUGGGCCCUCGACGACUUCCUGCGCCUCGCUGCCAAGAAAGGUGAUCGCAUCGCGGCAAACCUCAAAGCUCACUUUGUGAUGCCGCUGGGCAGCCCGCCUCGUGAAAGGGUCUUGGAGGCUGACGAACACUUGCUGUGCCGGAACAACAAGCUCGGCAAUAUCUGGCUGCCGCCAGGACGCCGCGUCCUUGGUGCUCGUGCGGCGACGCUGAUUCGAUUGAACCCGUCUUUGGACUUGUAUGACGAUAACGAUGUUGCAAUCCUCCAUAUGCAGGAAGUCGUCAUUGCGACGAUGUGCCUGCAACUCCACGAAUGGAACAGCAUAGUCCCGUCAGUGACGCGCCUUACAAACUGCUUGGCAGCGCGACUCUACCAGCACAGCUUGCAGAUGAUGUUAGCUCGGGCUCGGGCUCUUUGGCUGCAACGCUCUUCGCUGCUCCAGCCUGAGAAGCCGCAACGCGGUCGUCGCUUUACAGCUCUGGUCAUGCCAUACCACAGGUGCUGGAGAGAUAUCGGUCUUGCAGGUUUGGUGAAGCGAUUAGACGAUGAGCUGAAUGCGCUGGGAGUUCGCAUGAACUCUUUGCGAUUGGUUUACAGCAAUCCUUAUCCCCGCUUGUAUGUCAAAGUGAGGGUGAUCCUGGCUGCCGACGCGGAAUCAUCCACAACUGGCCAGCAACUGAAUGCCUUGCAAGAGAAGAUUGCAGUGGUCCAGUCCUUACAAUCCACACUCUUCGACACCUAUGACCAUCCGAAUCCUCCUGCCUCUGCGCUGGCCACUUUCGAGCAGCUCAUUCCAAGGGAAGUCAGGAGGCUACACAGGAUGCGCUGCGACGGGAGCGGCGAGGACCUGGUGAGCCCAGUUUCGACUAAGUUUUCAAACUCACGGCAGGUCGAGGAUCACUGCAGUGCCGUGCUUGGCGGUGCUGUGCUGCACCACUGGGAGCUGAGCCCGCAUACUGCGCCGGUCCACAAUCCCAACGAGCUUCCCGGCCUUAAGGGGUUUAGGGCUUGGGGGUUUAGGGGUUUAGUGUUGGGGCAUGUCCUUGAAGCCGGCAGUGUCAGCAAGUCUGGACCUUGCACAAGGGUCUUUGUUGUUCACAGCGUCCAUCCAGACAGUUUCGAAAAUGCCCUUGCGAGUGCUGUGGCGAUGAAAUUGAAAUUGACUCGCGAUUCAUUGGUCGAGUGGGCCAGAUGGCCGCAACCAAAAUGUCUCGUCAGUUCUCUAGGGUACGAGGCCUUCACUUGCAACGUUUGCUCAUUUUGCUGGAGGUGCUCGCUGGUCUUCUGGAUUUCUAGGCACUUCGCAGUGUGCAGCAUGUUCGUGUGUGGCUACUUUAAACCGCUGGUCACUCUGCAAGCAGUGCGACAAAAGCUAAUGUGA